UACCGUGAGCGUAGCGGUUGGGUGAAGGGGAUCGGAGGCGACAUGGCCCCCGUUCCUCUUCUAGGAUACGGAGAUGUGACCUUAGUCCUACAGACGGAAGAUGGUGGAGUACCCGUACCAGUACUGAAUGCUGCCCAUGUACCAGAGGCCCCCUACAACCUCCUCUCGCUGUCUUCGUUGGCGGAGGAGGGCCACACGUAUUCGGGGAUGAAGGGGGGCCUCACGCUGACCACGAAAGCCGGGGGGGAAGUGUGGUUCCCCCGGACUGGAAAGCUGCUGACCCAACGAGGCUAUCAAAUAAAGCCAACGCUACACACCGCCUGUGCCGCACUCAUUGUUCCUGGCGAUGCGAAAGCAGCCAACCCCACUGACCUCAACGAGUACCACCUCGCGCACGGCCAUGCCCACGAGACAUUGCUCAGGAUCACGGCGGAGCAGCAGGGAGUGCAGCUGACGGAUGGACCGCUGCUACCCUGUCCUGGCUGUUCGAUGUCCAAGGGAUAGGUGAAAGCCGUCCAGAAGAGCACGAGCACACGCGCAUUGCUACCUCUCGCAGAUGACGAGGAGGGCGGGGAGGGCGAGAGCAGAGCGGAUGCAUCACGCCAAGGUUGGUGGGUGGAGAGAG